AUUCAGCAAACUGAUAUUAUCGGGUAGCUACUCUCACACGAAAGUUUACAUUACACUUUGAGACUUUUGGGCCGGAUAGCGUUUCUUGAUGAAGUAUUAGAUUCACUUUGGAGCAGUUAUGACUAAAGAGCAACAACCUCACUGGUCGGAUAUUUUGAAAAGGAGGCUAUCAAACUGCAAAAACGAUGCGAGAAGCGAAGAGGAAAAGAAAGCAGAAGAAACUGAGAUGUUCACCAAAUAUUACACAGAGUGGAAAGGAGGUGGCGACAGAGACAAGUCCUACAAGAAAAUACCACGAUUUUACUACAGGCUACCAGCAGAGGAUGAGGUAUUACUUCAGAAGCUGAGAGAGGAAUCCAGAGCUGUCUUCCUCCAGAGGAAGAGCAGAGAACUGCUGGAUAAUGAGGAACUGCAGAAUCUGUGGUUCCUGCUUGACAAGCACCAGGUACCUCCAGUGAGUGGGGAGGAGGCCAUGAUCAGCUAUGAAGCUUACCUGCAGGUGGGGGAGAAGGCUGGGCCCAAGUGCAAAAAAUUUUUCACAGCCAGAGUGUAUGCCAAGCUGCUGCACAACGAUCCUUAUGGCAGGAUCUCCAUCAUGCAGUUCUUUAACUACGUCAUGAGGAAAGUAUGGCUGCAUCAAACCCGUAUAGGUCUGAGUCUGUAUGAUGUAGCAGGACAGGGCCACCUCAGAGAGUCGGAUCUGGAGAACUACAUCCUGGAGCUGAUCCCCACUCUACCUCAGCUGGACGGGCUGGAGAAGUCCUUCUACUCGUUCUACGUCUGCACCGCUGUUCGCAAGUUCUUCUUCUUCCUCGACCCCCUCCGAACAGGAAAGAUUAAAAUCCAGGAUAUAUUAGCCUGCAGUUUUCUGGAUGACUUACUUGAGCUGAGAGAUGAGGAGCUGUCUAAAGAGAGUCAGGAGUCCAACUGGUUCUCGGCCCCCUCCGCUCUCCGAGUCUAUGGCCAGUACCUCAAUCUGGAUAAGGACCACAAUGGCAUGUUGAGCAAAGAGGAGCUUUCACGCUACGGCACAGCUACACUCACCUCAGUGUUCCUGGACCGAGUGUUUCAGGAGUGUCUCACCUACGAUGGAGAAAUGGACUAUAAGACCUAUCUAGACUUUGUGUUGGCCUUGGAAAACAGGAAGGAGCCAGCAGCGUUACAGUAUAUUUUCAAACUGUUGGACAUGGAGAAUCAGGGAUACCUCAAUGUCUUCUCCCUCAACUAUUUCUUCAGGGCCAUUCAGGAGCAGAUGAAACUUCACGGCCAGGAGCCUGUGUCCUUUCAGGAUGUCAAGGAUGAGAUCUUUGACAUGGUGAAGCCUAAAGACCCUUAUAAGAUCACUCUCCAGGACCUGGUAAACAGUUGUCAGGGUGAUACCGUCACCAGCAUCCUGAUUGACCUCAACGGCUUCUGGACCUAUGAGAACAGAGAAGUGCUGGUUGCCAACGACAACGACAGCAGCAGCAACACAGCUGACCUCGACGACACCUGAAGAUGAUUUGGAGAGGCUCCUCUCAGUGAACUCUUACUGCUGACUUGGUUAUGUUUGUCCCUUUGGUUAUGUUUUAAGAGGCGUGUGGACUCACCAACAACCUUGAGGAGAUGAAUAGAAGAAAGGGGAGAAAAAUGAAAGAGCUGGAUAAAAGGCAGAUGUGGUGUUUUGUGUAAAUAUUGUUCUGUGUUCCUGACUGUUGUUUUCCUGUAAAAAAAAAAAAAAGGACCUUACACACAUUUUUGCCAUUUACUUCUCUGAAAAUAAAUGUUUCCUUCUCAUACCUUU